AUGAAACCGUUGAAGGACAAAUUGAAGUCUGGUAUUUGUACCAAAGAGGGAAGUCGCAGUACUAAAAACAGGAAAGCUAUCCUUGAAGCACAGCACAAUCUAUGUUUCCAACAGAUUGGGAAUGAGAUGAAAGCUGAUUAUGAAGAGCACGACGCUAUUCUGAUCGCUUGUUGUAUGAUGCAGAUCAAGGCAAAGUUUGAUACUGACAAAGGUCUGAACUUCAUUCAACAGUAUUACAUCAAUCAAGGACUGAAGAAGUUUGGUGAGGAUGGAAAAGAUGCUGUGGAUAAGGAAUUGAGACAAAUGCUCCUGAGAGAUUGUUUUACUCCCAAAUUUGUGAAAGGCAUGACCGUGUCUGAGCGAAAGAAGGCCCAAUCAGCAAUGAUGUUACUCGCAGAAAAGCAAUUCAAAAAGACAGUUAAAGGUCGCUUAGUAUACCAAGGCGAUGGAACACAUGAAUGGUUAUUGCGAGAGGACACUGCAAGUCCAACUGCUUUGCAAGAAGCAAUAACCACUACCUGUGUUAUUGAUGCAAACAAAGGUAGAGAUAUAAUGACGAUGGACGUGCCUAAUGCUUUCAUUCAAACUUAUAUGCCUGAAGCUAAGGAAGGAGAAGAUCGUAUCUACAUGAAAAUCACUUGCAUGAUGGUCCAGAUAUUGAUUGACAUGGCCCCAGAGUAUCGCAAAUACGUUGUUUUAGAGAACAGAAAGCAAGUAAUCUAUGUGCGGGUACUACGCCUCCUAUUCUAUAAUCAGUUUCAAAGUGAUUUGGAGGCAAAGGGAUUUGUUUUCAAUCCCUAUGACCCGUGUGUUGCUAACAAAGUUGUUGAUGAAAAACAGCAAACUAUCAGAUCUCAUGUUGACGAUCUUAUGUCGAGUCACAUGGAUCCAAAAGUAAAUGACGAAUUUGCUAAGUGGUUGAACAUGAGAUAUGGUUCAAUCAAGGCAUGUACAAUUGUCAGAGGAAAGAUACACAGAUAUCUUGGAAUGACUUUGGAUUUCUCGGUGAAAGGAAAACUCAAGAUCCGCAUGGACAACUAUGUCAAGAACAUGUUGGAAGAUUUUCCUAUCAAGUUCAACAAGGAUUCAAAGCAGGAAACACCAGCUGGUAACGAUUUACUGGAGGCUGGGAAAGGAAAGUUACUCAAUGCUGAGUACCGUCAAAUCUUUCAUACUACUGUUGCAAGGGGACUUUAUGUCUCUAAGAGAGCUCGUUUGGAUAUCCAUCCAACGAUUACUAUUCUUGCCUCGAGAGUUCAAGAACCUACAGAGUCUGAUUGGAAGAAGUGUGUUCGCAUGAUGCAAUAUUUGUUUUGUACAUUGUUGUAUCACCUGACACUUUCCGCAGAAUCACUACAAGUCAUGAACUGGAUGAUCCACGCAUCUUUUGCGGUGCAUCCGGAUUUCAAGAGCCAUCAUACUGGCGGCACUCUGUCUUUUGGAGGAGGUGCAGCUCAAGUGAUGUCGAAGAAACAAAAACUAAACAGCAGAAGCAGUACGGAAGCGGAACUGAUUGCUGUUGACAAUGUUGUCACUAUGAUAUUAUGGACUAAGUUGUUCAUGGAGUGGCAAGGGUAUCUGAUUGAGAAGAAUAGCUUGUAUCAGGAUAACAAAAGCGCAAUUCUACUGGAAGAGAAUGGUCGCAAGAGCGCGGGCAAAAGAAGCAGAGCUAUCAAUAUUCGUUAUUUCUUUAUCACAGAUCAAAUUGAGAAAGGAAAUGUUAAGAUCAAAUACUGUCCAACUGACAAUAUGAUUUGGAAUUUUAUGACGCAGCCAUUGCAAAGUGAGAAGUUUUGCAAGUUCAGGGAUCUGAUUCUUGGUCCACAGGACUAG